AUGAGUCCUGCCUCAUCUGUGGCCUCCUCCAUUGACGGAUAUACAAUCAAGAAGAAACGUUCUUCAAGUUCAAGCGGUUUGAAAACGUUGGGCCGGUUAUUCAAUAAGAAAAAAUUCCAAAGUGACACGUUCAGGAGAGAUGCAGGUGCUCAUUCGGAUAGUGAACUUUCUUCUGGAGGUGAUGGAUCGGCACGCAAUGCUGACUACGAUCGGCGAAGAAAGAAAAAGCAUCAGUUGCUGGAGGAGGUGAGCUAA